UCAAAUUUGCUUUGUGUCUUAGAGAGUUAUGGCUGAGAGCGAUACAUCGGAUUCACAGCCAGAAAAGACGGAAUCAACAUGUCGACUUACAAAAAACAAAUUCUGUUUCAAACAUGACAGUGGAUACUUUUGACGGUACAGACUACAAUACCAACAAUACAUCACAAAUUCCAAUUGAGUACACGGAACCUGUGUUCAAAAAAGGCAGAGUUUACAAAGGCAUUUAUUGUCCGACGCUCACCAACAGUUUCCGAGAACCGAGUCUCGAGCUAUCGUAUCAGAGAUACUCUCACAGGCAACGACAGAAGUCCUUAAUCAUCGUUAAUUUCGUCGACAUGACACUUAAAGCAGUCUUAGCCGGUGUGUGGCUGUUGCCGACCUACCACGAGCCGUACCACAGUCAAAGGGCCAUAUGGACGUGUUUGACAAUGUUCGCCAAUCUCACCGUAUGUCUGCUCGGUUGGUGGAAAUGUUUCGCCAAUAACUAUCUUCAGUGGGCAGCCGUUUUCACGUGGUGUUUCAUUAAUGUACAAGGUUUUGUGUGGGAGAGUUACGGCCAAGGAUCUAGAGAAUAUCUGGUGUGGUACGUGCUAUUCAUCGUUUUCGUUACAUAUGCCAUGCUACCGCUUCCGCUGAGAUGGUGCAUAUUGGCCGGUUGUUCGACCGCACUGUUACACAUACUCAUCACCAGUUACACGAAGUCAUCAAAAGAAAAAAAUAGACUAUGCGUCUUACGCCAACUAACCGCAAUGAGUUUGUUGUACGCUGCUGUCAACUUUGCCGGAAUGUAUACAAAGUACUUAACGGACCGAAGUCAGAGAAAGGCGUUUUUAGAAACGCAUAGGUCCACCGAAGCCCGGUUCAAGACCCAAAAGGAAAACGAACAACAAGAAAAACUUUUACUCUCGGUUUUGCCGGAUUUCGUGGCUAGGGAAAUAAUUAAAGACAUCGCUUCUGAAACGGACAAAGGGCCUUUUAUGCCAAAUCAAUUUCACCGAAUCUACAUUCAUCGCUACGAAGACGUCAGUAUUCUGUUUGCAGAUAUUAAAGGUUUUACAGAGUGGGCGAGUCGUACUUGUGCUCAAGAAUUAGUCAGAGUACUGAACGAUCUAUUCGCUAAUUUCGAUAAACUAGCUGCGGAAAACCACUGUCUUCGUAUCAAGCUUUUGGGCGAUUGUUAUUAUUGUGUAUCAGGUCUUCCUCAAACGAGACAAGAUCAUGCCGUGUGUUGUGUAGAAAUGGGUUUGCAUAUGAUAAACGCGAUUAAGGAAGUGCGAAAUAAAUUGAACGUUGAUUUAAAUAUGCGCAUCGGAAUACAUUCAGGGUCGGUUCUUUGUGGCGUCUUAGGACUCAGAAAGUGGCAGUUUGACGUGUGGUCUUACGACGUGACAUUAGCCAAUCACUUGGAAUCAGGCGGAAUACCUGGACGUGUUCAUAUAUCCAAGGCUACUCUAGAUUGCUUAGAAGAAGCCUACGAUACAGAACCCGGACACGGAGAAAAUCGCGAUGCUUAUUUAAGGGAUCACGGGAUUGAAACGUUCUUGAUUAAAGAACAAGAGCCUUGUCGAGGUCACCGAAAACUACAGAAAAUCAAUUCUUCAAGACCGCGUUUAUGGUCGGACGAGAAAUUGUGUUUCAACUCCAAUGCGCAAAAACUAAUAUCACCAAAAAUUGAGGAUUAUAUCGAUGACAACAAAGGCAAUGAAUGGACUCCAGAAAUACCAUUUGAAAACUUAAAUACAAGUGAUCAAGAACUGGAAAUCGAAGACGGUGAAUGUGGUACUCCCAUCACGAUCGAAGGAGACGUAGAGCACGCCGAAGACAUUAUGGAUCAUUGUAUCGAAGUCGAGAGUAAUGAAAGAAUGAGAAACGAAAACAUAGAUCGAUGGACAUUAAGGUUCAAACAACCAGAAAUUGAAACUAAAUUUUGUCAGUUACGCGAAGACAUGUUUAAAUCAAACAUGGCAUGUUGUUUUAUCAUAUGGCUAUUGGUCGUAUGUUGUCAAACGAUCAUGUUGCCACGAUGCAUGAAACUAUUGGUCGCCUUGGCAUUCACCACCGUUGUGCUCUGCGCUGCACUGACACUUGUCAUGGCAGAAGAAUUCUUGCAUUUGCCGUCCGCUUUACAGAGGAUGUCCUCUGUAUUGGUGCAAAACCGGUUCAGACGGACAAUGUUCAUUUGCGCCGUCGUCGGACUUAUAUGUUUUUCUUCCACUCUGAGUCUCUUGUUUACGCCCGACGAGCACUUGAUCAGGAAAGUGGACAACUCUGACGGUGACGAUGGCCGAAGGACGAAACGGCGGACCGAGGAAACCAACGACUGUGUGCACCCCGAGUAUUUGGUGUUCACAUGGGUCCUGUGCCUAAUAGCCUUAGCCACCACACUUAAGCUAUACUUCCUAGUUAAGACUUUCCUGGCUUCUAUCAUGGUGGCCGUAUACACAGGGCUUACGUCGCUAGCCUACCCACAGGUAUUCACACAGACGGACACCGAACACCGGACCAUGCCGUUAUCAUCGCAGAUGCUGUUGCUGUUGAUCGUGUUCCUAGUACUGGUGGCUUAUCACGCCCGACUGGUAGAGGUCACUUCCCGACUAGACUUUUUAUGGAAACGGGAAGCCGAACGGGAACUGACCGAAAUGCGAGAGACCCGGACCAACAACCGACAACUGUUGCGCAAUAUACUGCCCGAUCACGUCGCCCACCAUUUUCUGUCAUCUUCGCGCAGGCAUACCACGGACGAACUGUACUCGCAGUCUAUCGAUAAGGUUGGUGUCAUGUUUGCAAGCAUUCCAAAUUUCACAGAAUUUUAUUCGGAAGACAUAAACAAAGGCAUGGAGUGCAUCAGAUUGCUGAACGAAAUUAUCGCUGACUUCGACGAAUUGUUAUCGGAACCAAAAUUUGGUUCGAUUGAGAAAAUCAAAACCGUUGGUGCAAGCUAUAUGGCCGCGUCCGGGUUAAAUCCGGGUGUUAAGGACGGAGAAGACGAAUACGGUCACCUGUGCGCUCUUGUCGAUUUUGCAUUAGCUAUGAAACAAUGUUUACAAGAUGUCAAUGUGCACUCGUUUAAUAAUUUUCAGCUCAGGGUUGGAAUAAGCUGCGGUGCCUUAGUGGGUGGAGUUAUCGGAGCCCGGAAACCAGUGUACGAUAUAUGGGGAAACACAGUGAAUGAGGCUUCUAGGAUGGAUUCCACGGGCACUAUGGGUCGAAUACAAGUUCCCGAGAGUACGGCCAAAAUCCUGAUGGACAGGGGUUACGAGACGGAGUUCCGGGGCUCGAUCGCGGUCAAGGGCAAGGGCGAGAUGAAAACGUACUUCGUGGUGGGCAAAAAGGGAGCGGUGGCGAACAACCUGAGCCGACAGUCGAGUCAGAUCAGCAGCUUGGCGACCGUCGUCUACGGAAUGGUGCAAGCCAGACGCCGGCAAAACACAGUAAAAAAAAGACAUUUUCAUCAUGUUGCAAGCAACAACAACCUGACGCGCACCAAAUCGCAGUACCACCGCACGCAACCCGGCCGGUUGGUGAACUUUAGCAGUUUUCGCGUGUCCAACCGUCACCAACAACAAUCGCGGCAACAACCGCAACAACAACCACAACCACAACCACAACCACAACAACAACAACAACAACAACAACAACAGCGGCAACAGACGUCCCACGACGGCGGCGGCGCAGCGAGCCCGGUGGCCAGGGCCGUGGCGGCGGGCGGCAGCCGCCUGUUGUGCGCGUCCGGUUUCGCGCCGCAACGCCAACACGACAACGGGACGGCCACGGCCACGGUGGUCGCGCGAAUCGACGCGCGCAAGAACCACAGGACGGCCACCGCCGUCUCGUCGCUCAGGUACUGCAAGUCGGUGUCGCCCAUCGCCGAGAAACCGCCGCCGCGACGGAGCCCACCGAGGUCGGCUUCGAUGAACCUCCAGGCCCGCACCUUCGCGGCGACCGCCGACUCGUUCCCGAGGUGAUGAUGAUGAUGCACCGGUGCGGCGUUCUGAGUGUAGCGGAACAGAGUCCGUAUUAUUACUACUAUUAUUAUUAUUAUUAUUAUAAUCAUACGAUUACUUUAUAUUAUUAUUAUUAUUAUUAUUUAUACGGAAGGCGAACGUCUGACAUGGGAUACAUUCGAAGGUUUGCUAAAGUAUUAAUUUGUUCUCUAUAUUUAUAUUAUAUUAUAUUAUAAAAUAUGUAUUAUAUACCUCUGAAAUCACAUUAAGUAUAAUAUUAUUAUUAUUAUUAUUAUGUAUUAGAAAUUUGUGCGCAUAAACAUAUUAUGUUUUUUAAUACUAUCUAACUACCUAUAUAUACCUAUUUAAUAUUGUAUAUUUUACCACGAUAUGAUAAAUUCACAGGAAAUGUGUCCUGUCGAAUGCAAAACUCACCGUUUAGGGGUGGGGAAGACCGACGGCAGUUUUAGACCUGUACGAAUCUAACGAGUCGCGUGUUUGAGUGAAAUACAGUUUUACGGUAAAUUCAUUUCUUUUAAAAAACAUACUAAUAUUCUUAUAAAAUAAUUCUAAGUCAAAAUAUCCACGAACAAAAUAUUUAUCUAGGAAAAAUUCCAGGUAAAAAUUAAUUAAUUACAGUGGUAAAUAAAGCAUUUACAAUUUUAAGAUUCAUCUUUCAUAACUCUAAACUAGAUAUUAAUAUUAUUAUAAGUCUUGAUACCCCAUCCACACAAUGCAAUUGCUUAUUCUAGUCAUAUUUUCGAAACUAUAAUUUCCGAACAUUCAUAUAUUUUUGAUUAACCUGAACCAAUUUUAAACAAAUUUUUUAAUUAUUAUACAUAUUGGUUUUAAUAAAUAGGUAAUCAUUAAGUUUGAAAAUCGAAUGUUCUAUUAAUAUCGAUCACACACAUACCACCCUGUAUAAUGCAUAAUAUUAUACUGUAACCUUAGAUAAUAUUCCCUUAUUAUUAACUUUACAGAUUAGCUAAUAUCGGAGUAAAAUCAUUAGCAAUAUAAAAUAUAAAUUAUUUUGGUUUGGAUAUUUUGACUUAAUACAUAUAAGGUACACAUAUUAUCUAUAUAAAGUGCAUACUACGUAAAUUGUUGCAUUAAAAACUUGUAAUGGAUAUUUAUUAAAAGGUACUUUUUUACAUUUUUAACUUUUCAAGAGAAACAAUCAAGUUUAAAUUUUUAAGUUUUUUUUUUAAUAUUUACUAUCUAUUUAUUCGAUUGAAUUUAAUAAAUAAAAUAUCAUUAAAUCGUGUACAAACUUUACAAGUUCUAUAUUAUUUUGAUCUUGUAUAAUGUAAAAUAUUAAAAUUUGUUAAAAGGAUCCUUUGUCACAAGAUUUCAACUAUAUUUAUAUAGGAAAAAAAUAAAAGGUUUUUUAUUAUAGGGUGAUUCACUGAACAUGCUCACCUUUACUUUUUCUUCAGUAACACAGUUAUUCAAAAUCUGAUUUCGAGAAUUUUCAAAUAUACUUAAAGGGGCCAUAUUUAAGAUCAGGAUUUUUAUUUUGUACUUCUUAAGGAGUGUUAUGUAGAGUUACAAACUUCUGUGUUUCAAAUGAUAAUAGGUGCCCUUUUCUAUAGUAUAAAUUAUUUAGCGAAUAAUAUUCUAAAGUCUAAACUGAUGACGUAUCAAAAUCUAAAUUUGGAUUAGUAGUUAUACUAUAGCGUUAUUGUGACAUUGUGUUAUUUAACUUUAUGUACUAAGGAUAAUAGAACCAUUAUUAUAAUGGGUUUAGGGGAUAAGUGAGCUGUACUGCUAUAGUGAUGGUAUCAUAGUUUUAGUAGGUACCUACCUACCUAAUUAAUAUCAAUCCAUCUACCAAUAUUUAUUUAUUGUAAAAAUGAUUCAAAUAUAAUAACACUGUAGAUUUUAAGGAUUAUUAUGUUUAGCACUUAAAUAAUUUUUAAUUGUUAAAAACUACUAAUUAGAACUUCAAAUUAGUUACCCAAAUCAAAAUUAUUUAGUAAAUAAUUUAUAGCAAAAAAAUAGAGUUCUCAUAUGAAAGACAACAGUUCGCAGUAUUUCCAUAUGACACUUGUAAGUAGAUAUUACAAACAAUUAAUAUUUUUGAAAUUAAAUUCAUUAUUAAAUGAAAAAUGUGCACGAGUAUGAUUAGUGAAUCACCUUGUAUGGCUAUAUAUAUACCUAUAUAAUAUAUAGACUAUAUGGAUUAUGGGUACCUAUUUAAUUUAUACUAAUAUUUAAUGCUAUGAUUUAACCAACAUUUUUAUGAUGGGUCUUAAAAUGAAAAUCAAUUAAGAUCAAACCAGGUUUUUGUUUUUCGCGAAAAGUUAUUAAAAAUGUACAGAUGUCUCGAUAACAAAAAAAAAAUACCAUUUAUAAGCAUAAGCAGUGUUGAAAAUCAGAAAACGCGAUCCCUCACUUAACCUAGUCGUAAUGUACAAUAUAACUUAUAAGAGGUGUGUAUGACAUAGUCUAUUACUAUUAAAUAUUAUUGUUAUUAUUAUUAUUAUUAUUAGUGUAUUAUUAUCAUUAUAUUAUUAUUAUGAUACGAGACUUAUGAUCACACCUAUAAUUACCCAUAGGUCAUAUAUAGGUACGAACGGACGCUUAAAAAAUGUUAAGAUUUUUUAUUGAUACUCAUAUAAUAUGGUCGUAAAGCAGUGAUUCCAAACGUUUUAUGAGAGCCUAACAUUUUAAAUUUUCGUUUCCCUUGAAAAAAUUGUAAUAAUUGCAGAAAACAUUAUUCUCAUUUAUUAUACGAAUGCUUAUAUACGGAUUAUUUAAAAUACUCAUAUCGAUUUUCUCUCUCUAAUUUUUCUAACCAAGAAAAACUAUUCUAGGAAAUUGUUUUAUAUACAUAGGUACCCGACUGGUUUUCGUCGGAGCGGUGUAUCCGGGGAUGACAUUUUGGAAAUUAUUUAUUUCUCCGUUCGGCGCCCAUUUUAUAAUUUCAAGGUUUCUACCCCGUUUUUCGAUUUUUAAUUUCGUUACGUGAUCUGCAAAACCAACGUACAAAUAAGUUCCUUAUAAAAAUUAUACGAGUCUACCACUCAAUGCUAUAUUACACAAGUUAUUAAAAAACAUCGCGGUGCCUAUCCAUCAUAAUAUAUAUAAUUUGGUCGAUAAAAAAAAAAUGUUUCAGACAUCUAAGUAUAUCUCAUAUUAAAUUGUGUAUAGAUAUUGUAAUCCGAUAAAUUCUAUGUAACGGAUUCGUUAUAAACAUAUAAUUAUGUUUAUAAAUAAUGUAAAUUUCGAGUUUGAAAUUAUUUUUUAUGUAUCUACCUCGAUUCUCUGUAAAAAUUCUGUAGACAAAUACGCCACUGCGUCGAUACGGACAUCGUCGGUCGUUUGUUUUGAAUGAAAUAUGUCUAAAAAACGUGGUUUUUCAUACUUCACGUUACUAUUCGGUCAGCCAUAUAAAUACCUACCAGUGGCGUGCUCACGGAGGGGGGGGGGUUAUUAAAAAAAAAUUUAGGUUUAAAAUUCAAGAUUUCGCUCGUAGAUCAAAAUGAAUAUCCCCUCCCAUUCAAAAAAGCUGUGCACGCCACUGAUACUUACCGAUAUAUUAUGAUGAUUUGUCGUUAAUCACGGAAUCAACUCGGGCAGUAGGACAUCCGUCGACUUAUCGCAAAUUGAUGGUGGCCAAAUAUAUGCGUAUUAUUGUAAGACGGACGCGCUCGGUAUUUUUUUGUUCGGGGGGAGGCUUACACAUUUUCAAAAACUUUCCUCACGCGUAAUCUUUUUUUUUUGAGUGGGGGGCUUUAGCCCCAAAACCAUUCUGCGCACGGCAUUGACUGUACACACACACGCGCAUAUUUGUAUCUUAAUACGAUAGGUACCCAUAUUGGAAAUUUUCAAACGUAUUUUGUCAUACUUAGGUAAUAUAAUUUACUUUACAACCAUUCUACCAGCUCACGCGCAGGCGCCGCCCACCUCUUCGUGAUCGAUCACUAAUAAUCUAUAGAGAAUUCGAUAUAGAUACCUAUAACCAUGGGCGCCCAUUGGGGGAGACAAGAUAGGGCACUUGCGACUUGUCCCCCCCCCUCCAAGGCAGAAAAUAUUAUGAACUUGUAGUUCAAUAAAUAUGGCAUAUUUUCAUUUAUACGAAAAAAUAACAUUAGAUCUUUUUUAUCUUAGAAAUUUGAGAUUUUUUUUUAUUUCAGCCCCCAAACCCCCUAUAAUGUAUUAUUGAUAUGUCGUACACCGCAACGUUCGUAUCUAUAUAAUAUAUAUAUAUUAGGUAUUCAAUUACUUUUCUCCGCCCCAUCAACGCCUUUGAAUGCUAAUGCACUGAGUAUGUUUAAAACAAUAUUAUUAUUUCUGUUAGACGUAAGUGUGUUUUGUUCAAAUGUUCAUAUUAUAAUUUAUACUAUUCCCAUUUUGUACUGUGUAAUCGAACCAACGACCUUUGAAUAUAUUUAGUACUUACCAACAUAUUAUUAUUAUUUACCUACAUGUGUAUAAUAUUGUGUUUCUAUUACUGUAAGAUAAACAUAAUUAAAAUUUUUAAAAAUUUA